CGAAGCCAAGCCGCAGGCGCGAGAUAUUCACAUAUAUACACACACAUAUAUACUGGAGUAGCUUCUUGCAUCGCCAUGCUUAAGCAGGUGACCACCUCUAGGUUAUAACUAGCUAGCUAGCGCGUGGCUCAUGCCUGCGUCGUCGUCGAUCUCCUCCAGGAUCUAGCUAGGGGAGUAGUUAGCAGCUAAUCUUGCCCUUGAUUAGUCUACCCUUUGGGGUUGGCGUAGGGCCGCAAGGGUAGAGUAAUCCCACCGGCGGAUCGAUCGAAACCGGCGUCGAUCGCAUGGAAGCCGUCGAGGAGGAGGAGGAGCAUGAGGAGGAGGAGGAGGAGGCGGUGUACUGCGCCGUGGGGAAGGAGGCCGGGAAGGAAUGGAGGGCGAACCUGCUGUGGGUGCUGGCCAACUUCCGCCGGAGCAGGCGCCUCGUCUUCGUCCACGUCCACCGCCCCCCGUCGCGGGUCAAUAUGAUGGGGGCAUGGGUCCCAGUGAGUCAGCUUGCAGAGGAGGAGGUGAAUGCAUACAGGCAGCUGGAGGAGGAGAAGAUUAGCAAAGUCUUAGAUGAUCUCUUGGACAUUUGUAAAAGUCAAAAGCCUGGAUUGCUAACAAGUUGCAAAAACUCGCAGGUCAAUGCGAGCAAGAUCAUCUUCUCUUGCGAUGACACCGCGGGAGGCCUCCUCCAGCUCGUUGAUGAUCAUGGGAUCACUGAGCUUGUCAUGGGUGCUGCAUCUGACAAGUCUUAUUCAAGGAGAAUGCGGGCGCCGAGAUCUAAGAAAGCACAGAAGUUGCAACUGAAGGCGAGCCCCUCUUGCAAGAUUUGGUUUGUCUGCAAAGGAAACCUUAUCUGCACCAGGGAGGUGAACGAGGGACUCAAUAGAACAGGAUCAUCGACAACUAGCACAAGUCCGAGGUCGAGCACUUCUGAUUACUCGAGGUCGAAAUCCUCGCCUCGUGCGCACAGCAUAAGCAGCGAGCCACCAUUCAGCAUUCAGGAUUCAGCCGAACCGACAACAUCAUCAGUUGAUCAGACUCCUAUCAGGGAGGACAAUGCUAUGGACCGCAGCACUGAGGGUUUUAACCAUCAUGAAGCAGUUGCUGUUGCUAGUUCAUCAGCAGUGCCAGUGUCUGAAAAUGUAGAGACUGUACAGAGAUCAGCUGGUGCUGCUUCUGUGCAGUCACUGCAAGAAAUUGAAGAGGACUCACCAACACCUUCAGGGCAUGGUUCGGAGGAUGCUGGUGAUCUGGGCGACGCCGCCUACGACAAGCUGAAGGACGCCGUGAUAGAAGCCGAGAACCUGAGGCACGAGGCAUACGAGGAGACUCGCCGGCGUCAGAAGGCGGAGCGCGACCUCGCCGCCGCGACGAGAAUCGCCAACGACGCGGAGAGCUCGCACCAGAGAGAGGCGAGGCACCGGAAGGAGGUGGAGGAGAGGCUGGCGAGGGAGCGCGCGGCCAUGGAGCAGGAGAGGCGAGAGCUCGACGACAUACUCGAGCAGACACGCAAGGUGGACGCCCGCGCCGCCGAGCUCGAGCUCCAGAUAGCCGGCUCCGAGCGAAUGAUGAGCGACCUCAAGUCCAAGCUGUCGGAGUCGUACGGUCUCCUUCACCAGCUCCGGCGUGACAAUCCUGCGGCCGCCGCUGCGGAAGCAACCGAUGGCGGACAGAGAACGACGUUCUUGCGGCUCGGCUUGUCGGAGCUGGAGGAGGCGACCAACCAUUUCGACGAGUCUGUCAUGAUCGGAGGGGACGGCAGCCGUGGCACUGUGUACAGAGGCGACCUGCGCAACAUGACGGUCGCCGUCAAGGUGAUCAGUCGCGACGUCGCCGUCGACGAGCUCGGAUUCUGCAGUGAGGUGGAAGCCAUCAGCAGGGCGAGGCACCCGAACCUCGUCACGCUCGUGGGCGCGUGCCCGGAGGCGCGCGCCGUGGUGUACGAGUUCGUGCCGGGCGGGAGCUUGGAGGACCGCCUCGCUCUCGCCGGCGAGGGAGCCGCGCCGCCGCUGUCGUGGCACGCGCUGUGCGGCGUCGCGCACCGGACAUGCUCCGCGCUGGCGUUCCUCCACUCGACGCAGCCACGGGCGACGGUGCACGGCGACGUCCGGCCGGCGAACAUCCUCCUGGACGAAGAGUGUGGCUCGAGCAAGCUGGCUGGCGUCGGCAUGCGCAGGCUGGUGCGGGACUCCGGCGGCGUGGCGCUGGCAAGGGCGGCAGUGGGUUACGUGCACCCGCGGCACCUAGCAACGGGGGAGAUGACCCCGGAACGCGACGUGUACGCGCUCGGCGUGGUCCUCCUCCGGCUCGUCACGGGGAAGCCGCCGUUCAUGGCGAAGAAGGAGGCGCGGGACGCGGCGCGCAGAAACAAGGGGUGGGACGAGGUGGUGGGCGCGAGCGCCGGAGGCUGGCCGGUGGAGGUCGGCAGGGAGGUGGCACUCCUCGGGCUGAAAUGCUGCGACGUGGAGGAGGAGGAGGAGGACCCGGCGGGAGCGCGUCGGCUACCUCGCGGGCUGCUGGACGAAGCCUGCGGCGUGCUGGAGGCAGCGAUGAGCGCGGCGCCGGGGAGGUCAUGGUCAUCACUCUCGUCGACGUCGGACGGCGAAGGCGGCGGCGGCGGCGGCGCGCCGUCCUACUUCCUGUGCCCGAUACUGAAGGAGGUGAUGCGGGACCCGCAGAUCGCCGGCGACGGGUUCUCGUACGAGGCGGAGGCGAUCAGGGAGUGGCUGCGCAGCGGGCACGACACGUCGCCGAUGACGAACCUGAGGCUGCCCCGCGGCGAGCUCGUCCCCAACCGUCCCCUCCGCGACGCCAUCCACGAGUGGCGCCUCCGCCGCGCCAUGCGAUCCAAGUUUGCUGCUACUCGCUAGAUGGGCUCUUGGCACAGGUACGGCCCAACUUUAGUGGGCUUUUAUUGGUGAGGGAGUCAUAUCAGACUCAGUUCAUAGUUGAGGGAGGCAAAAUGGACAUUAUUUUCUUCUCCUUUUUACAGUCCGGUCCGUGCUUUUGUGUGCAUUUUUUCCAAUCUGAUCCAUAUUUUGGGCCGCUGCCACGACUAGCGGUCCGACAUUUUUGCAUCCGGAUAUGGAUUGGGAAAAAAAUGUGAUUUGGAAAAUCCUAGCUGCUGUUGAAAUUAUACUGUCUGCAAGGAUGACCACAUCAAAUUCAGCAAUUAAGUUGUGAGGCCAG